AUGCAACAGAUCGAGUGGAAUCAGAGCCUUCCGUUUCUGUCUCAGAACUCCAUCCUGUAUACUUCGGUGAUCGGUUUAUUUAGUCAGGCACGGACGGGAAGCCUCUUCUAUUCCCAAGAAGCCCAUUUCGAGCCGCCGACUCUCAAGCUCAGUGAGCUUCACCUCUUGAAGCGAGACUUGAUUCGAUCGUCAGUCUUUAGCGUCUCGGGGUUUGGUGCAGAGAAUUUUAGUCUACAGUGGGACCUGCAGUAUCAAUCAAGAGAUCGGAACCAGACCUCCGCGCGU